GAGGACGACCAAUGACGGAUGGAAUCGAGCGUCCUAGCUGCCCAAUCACUGCCCCCGUUGGCGCCUGACUUGAGCAGACCGGGCUCCGGGAGCACAGCUUCAAUAUCCAAAGUAUCGAGGAGCUGUCCAUUGUGCUCAAGCCAGCCUACAACUGAUGGCGAGGAUGGCCAAGGUGAAGCAGGUGGGUUUGCUGGCAGCAGGCUGUCAGCCCUGGAAUAAUGACGUAUGUGCCGCAAGUGGAGACCGCUUCGCCUACUGUGCUACUCUUGCCAUAUACAUUUACCAGUUGGACCAUCAGUACAAUGAAUUCAAGUUGAGGUCCAUCAUGUCAGAACACAAAAAGACCAUUACAGCCAUCAGUUGGUGUCCUGAUAACCCUGAUCUGUUUGCAUCAGCCUCAGCUGAUAACCUGCUCAUUGUGUGGAAUGUAGCUGAGCAAAAGGCUAUAGCACGACUGGACAACACUAAAGGUGUCCCUGCUGCAGUCAGUUGGUGCUGGAAUUCAGCUGAUGGAGUGGCAUUUGUCUCUCAGCGUGGCCCACUGUAUAUUUGGGUCUAUGGGAAUUCUGACUCUGGAGUGACAGUGCAUAAAGAGGCCCACUCUUUCCUGUCUGAUAUUUGCCUCUUCAGAUGGCACCCCACCAAAAAGGGAAAACUGAUAUUUGGACACACUGAUGGAAGUUUGUCUAUUUUUCAACCAGGGUGUAAGAGUCAAAAGCAUGUGUUGCGUCCUGAGUCUUUGGAGGGGACGGAUGAAGAGGAUCCAAUCAGUGCCCUGGAAUGGGACCCUUUGUCAAAAGACUACUUAUUAGUGUCCAACCUCAAUAAUGGCAUCAGGCUGGUGGACAGUGAGGCCUUGGCUUGUAUUACAUCCUUCUGCUUCCCCUCAGCUGCUGCAUCAGUUCAGUGCCUUGCAUGGAUUCCUUCUGCCCCGGGCAUGUUCAUCACUGGAGACUCCCAGGUUGGAGUAUUGAGGAUAUGGAAUGUGUCUCGCUCUACUCCUUUGGACAGCUUUAAACUGAAGAAGACUGGCUUUCAUGCUUUACAUGUCCUCAACACUCCCCUUGCAAAGAAAGCUCACAGUUCCUGUUCUUCUGGUAAAAGUCAGCACACCAGCUCUACAAGUGAGGCAGUACCUCCCCCUACCCUGUCACACAACCAGUCCUUCUCUUUGCCUCCUGGCCAUGCAGUGUGCUGUUUCAUGGAUGGAGGGGUAGGACUUUAUGACAUGGGCGCUAAGAAGUGGGACUUUCUCCGAGACCUGGGCCAUGUUGAGACCAUCUUCGACUGCAAGUUUAAGCCUGAUAACCCUAACUUGUUGGCCACAGCUAGUUUUGAUGGAACCAUCAAAAUCUGGGACACAAACACACUGACAGCAGUGCACACCUCCCCUGGCAAUGAAGGAGUGGUUUACUCCUUGUCCUGGGCUCCAGGUGACCUAAACUGCAUUGCAGGAGCAACAUCUCGCAAUGGAGCUUUCAUUUGGGACAUUAGGAAAGGAAAGAUAAUCACACGCUUUAAUGAGGAAGCGGGUUUGCUGCAGCCUAUCCCAGCAGGGCAAGAGGCGGGGUACACCCUGAACUGGUCGCCAGCCAAUCGCAGGCAAACCGGAGUACCUGUAGAAAACCCACGGAGGCACGGGAAAAACAUGCAAACUCUGCACAGCAUCAUUCGGACCAUUGAUGGCAAAAUCCUUCAUAAGUACAAACAUCCUGCUGCAGUUUUUGGCUGUGACUGGAGUCAAAACAACAAGGAUAUGAUUGCUACUGGUUGUGAGGAUAAGAAUGUUCGUGUGUAUUACUUGGCCACCAGCUCGGACCAGCCACUCAAAGUCUUCACUGGACACCUAGCUAAAGUAUUUCAUGUCCGCUGGUCUCCUCUUAGGGAGGGGAUAUUGUGUUCUGGAUCAGAUGAUGGUACUGUUCGUAUAUGGGACUACACACAGGAUGCGUGCAUCAAUGUGUUGAGUGGUCAUACAGCACCAGUCAGAGGCCUGAUGUGGAACACAGAGGUUCCAUACCUCUUAAUUUCAGGGUCGUGGGAUUAUACAAUCAGAGUUUGGGACACAAGAGAUGGCAACUGCCUGGACACAGUCUAUGACCAUGGUGCUGAUGUCUAUGGUUUAACAUGUCAUCAGAAUCGACCUUUCACCAUGGCCAGUUGUAGCAGAGACAGUACAGUGAGGCUCUGGUCUCUGACACCCUUUAUCUCUCCUCUGCUCCUAAACAUCCUCACCAACCAACCCUGGGAAAAGAUAAUUGGAAACACUGAUAAAGCUAUGGUUCCCAACUCUCCACCCCUGCUCUGUGGUAAAGUGUCAAGAGACAUCAAACAGGAGCUGGAGAAACUAAGCUCUGAUACCACAGCCAAGAAGCUGCGUUGGUUCUCCGAAUGCUGUUCGCCUCCAGGGGGAAGCAGCAACCUGUGGGAUUUGGUAUCAGUCAUUAAUGGGCAGGACGACUCACUGCUACCAGGCAGCUACAGCAAGGGCAUCAUGCACAUGAAACACCUGCUAAAGUUUAAAACAUCUGAAGCCCAGGAAUUAACCAUUGUCAAGAUGUCUAAAUUCGGCGGUGGUAUUGGUGCUCCCAGUAAAGAAGAGCGCCUUAAAGAAGCAGGAGAUAUCCAUCUGAGGCUAGGACAGAUUCAGCGAUACUGUGAAUUAAUGGUGGAGCUUGGACAGUGGGAGAAAGCAUUAGCUGUAGCACCAGGAGUAUCCAUGAAGUACUGGAAAACACUGAUGCAAAGGAGAGCUGAUCAGCUGAUGGUGGAGGAUAACGAUGAUGCAAUUCCUUACUGCAUUGCGACAGGAGACAUAAAAAAAAUCGUAACAUUCUUCACUGGCAGAGGACAACUGCUUGAGGCCUUACUAAUUGCACAGGGGGCAUGUGAAGGGAACAUCCGUACACCUCAAACCUCCUCUAUCAACCACAAGACGAAUGAUGUGGAUAACAGACAUCAAUACCAAAGUCUUCUUCAUAAUGUAUGUGGACAGCUGGCAGAAUUGUACUUUCAGGACGGCUGCGCUGUUCUGGCUGCAUGCUGCCACCUAGCGGUCGAUAACGUUCAGUUAGCCAUAUCUAGUCUGAUCAGAGGUAAUGAGCUGGAGUUGGCUGCAUGUGUGGGUAUAGUCCUUGGAGAGACAGCCGCUCAGAGUACGGCCUACUGUCUGGAACUCCUGGCCAGGAAGUACAUGACCCCACUGACAUGGGAGCUCUCGGUUGACCUAUUGAGAAUGAUUCCAGAGAACCAUAUUUUACUGGCUAAGGUCUGUGCAUUUUACCCUGGAACUACUGCAGAAAUCCACCAAUUACGCGAAAGGUGUUUUCUCCCCUCAUUAGAGGAAUGUAGAGCCUUGGCAGAGGAAUCCAUGUGUGAAGGAGAUCUGUUUUCAGCAGUUAAAUUUCACCUUCUGACAUCUGAACCUGAGAACGCCCUUAAGAUAGCAAUCGAUCAUGUCAAAGAACAGCUGACUGGAUCUGACUGGACAGUGGACAGUAUUCAUCCAAUCCUUGACCUGUUGAGUUAUAUCAGAACUGACCGCCUCCUCAUGGCCAAGUUCACUACAGCCCGCAGUGAGCUGUUAAUCCUGUGUGGUUACAUCGGCGGUCUGCUUGCCAUAAGGAAACAGUACUCCAGCAUCGUACCUGCACUCUAUGAAUACACGAGUCAGUUGUUGAAGCGGAGAGAAGUGAGUGUUCCUCUGAAGAUUGAGCAGCUGUCCAUGGAGCUGGAUGCCUGGCGGGCAUGCACUCAGAUAUGCAGCAACCCUCCAUCAGAGAGUCAAAAGGAAGAUUUCCGCUGUCUUGAAAAAAGAAUCCUUACUGUGAACUCUGUCUCAUGUGGUGCUGAUUAUGUGACAGGCUCCAAUCUGCCAAGUCACUCUGAUGUUCAGAUUUCCUGUUUUACUGGUCACAGAAUACAGGGUCCAGUAUUUUUACUUGAAGAUGGCAAAUCAACAAUUUCCCUGAAUGAUGCUCUCAUGUGGGCAAAAGUCAACCCCUUCUCCCCACUAGGGACAGGGGUUCGCAUAAACCCCUUCUAAGACCUGCCUGUGCACGUACACACACACACACACAUAGAGGGCAUACAAAAAGCAAAAAUGUCUUGUCUAGGAAGAGAUUUCGGAGCCAAUAAUGGGGGUAAAGUCCUUAAAACAAUGAAUUUGUGGAUGAACAAGGACAAUGAUUUUACAGUUCCUAUUUUGUACAUUUAGUCACUGUGUCAGAAUCAUAGUGAGGUAUGGAUGGUGGGUCAUCUACUUCUUGUUUGUACAUACGCAUACACACAUGGUAUGCCUCUGACUUACCGUAAUUUCUCGAGUAUAAUGCACACCCAUGUAUAAUGAUAAAUUGACCUCAAAAUUCUGGAAAAUCCUUCUACCGAUGUAUAAUGCAUUUUUACAAUGCAUGAUUUUGCUUCUACCCAUAUGAUCAAAACAUGAAGUAUUAUCUGUAUUUGUGUUUGUUUUUUUUCAAAUAAUUAUUCUGAAGUUAAGCACUUUAUUUGAACAAAUAAUUUAUUUUUAUUUACUUGCUCUUAUUUUGAAAUUCACAGCCCGACUUUUAUUUAGUCAAUGAGAAAACACACAGUUGUACUCAUACGUUUGAUUACCCAGGCAGAAUUUGUAAGAUGUGUACAAUUCUUUUAAGAAAACAUGAAGGACCAAGCGAAAGACAUUUAAUUUUAUUUUAAUGGGAUUCAAAUUAAACUGUCAAGCUUUUCAGAAAAGCAUUUUCAUUAAACAAAACAUAACCAUAAAUAAAUUUAUGAUGGUUGUUGUCGUAUUUAAAAAAACAAACCAAAACAAUAUUUCACAAAUUCUGCCAGGGUAUGCAAACUUAUGAGCACAAUUGUACAUAUAUGCAGUCAUACGUACCCCUGUCAUAUUGGAAUGAAAGUAGUAGUCUACACCUUUUUCAUAACCUCUAGGUGGCAUACUAGAAUGAAAGUGUACAACUUUUUCAUAACCUCUAGGGGGCGGUGGUAUAGUGGAAUGAAAGUGUACAGCUUUUUCAUAACCUCUAGAUGGCGGCAUACAUUUAUAAAAUGUGAAAGUCUUUUUAAUUUUCUCCUAUACCUAUGUAUAAUGUGCACUAUUGACUUGACCAGUUUUGGGGGUAAAAAAUGUACAAUAUACACGAGAAAUUACGGUAGUUUACUUCAUCAUUGUAAAGAAACCAAAAACAACAGAUGAACGCCAAAAUAAAGCUAGCAUUGCAUGG